CAGUAAAUCACAUAAAUUUAGAUCAUAAAAUAGUAACCCUUGUGACAAAUAAAAACUUCAAUUUCUUUCAAUGAAAUAAAACAAUCUAAAAAAUAAUUGAAAUUGAAAGCAACAACGUUUUACAAACAAUAUCAGGUAAAAUUUGAAUUAAGAAAAACUUCUGCAUUAAAAAGAAAUAAAAAAACUGAAAUAGUUUCUUAUUAUUUUGUAAAUAGUAAGUACAAAUGUUAAACUAAUAAACUUAAAUUCUCAAUAAUGGAUACAUUCAAAAAUCCACUCGAAACAGUACAGCUAAUACCAAUAUCGUUCUGCAUAAACAUUCUAAGUGAAUUUUUAUUUAUUGAACAAUACCUAGUAGAAUUCGAUCAAAAUAAACAAAUACCAAUCGUUAAUGCACUUUAUGAAUAUUUGCAAGAUUAUCAGAAUGAUACAUUUAAAAAAAUUGAAUUAAUAAGAAACUUGUUACAUGGAAGUGAUCUGUAUGGUGAAAAAGAAGGCGAAUACAUUGACAUCACGUUUGUUAAUAUGUUGUUCGACUACAUUAUUAGUUCUCUUGUAUUUGACAAAUAUGGUAAUAUUUAUGGUUUUUUGGCAGAUACAUUUUGUAAAGCAAAAAAUUUAGAAAUUAAAGAAGUAUUAAAUAGAAUAAGAACAAAUCUUCAAAAUGCAUCUUUUGACAAUGAAUAUGGCAGUAGUUCGACUCUCAGUGAUUUAUCAGUAGCCAGAAUAUACAAUGACAUAAUAUUACCUCUUUUUCCUGUAUCAAAAGAUGAUAUUAGUUUAUUGUCUCUUGAUUACAUUUAUGCACAAGCUGGUUCAAUGUUUCUACGAGCUGGUAGAAUAAAUUCUUACAAUUACUUAACUAUUCAAAGCAAUUCUGCAUAUUUGACUGAUGAUAAUUUGUUUAACGAAUAUUUAACAACAGGACAUGCAAUUGAAAAAUUUAUUCUCACUGAUGAGAAAAAUUUUAAUAUGUUAAAAGCUUUUGCUCUUCCAGCUCUUUCACAUUUUAUCAUCAAUUCAAAAUAUUUAUUUAUCUAUGAGAAUAUGGCAAAUAUAAUAUCAGAUGUAUCUUUCUGGGAAGCGGCUUUUAAACAAUUGUUUACAUAUACAAGCAAUGCUUUUAAUGACAUAAAUUCUAUGAUAAAUAAUGACAAUACAUUAAAAGUAAAUAUGGCAUUCUCUAAUUUAAAUAAAAUAAAAGUAUUUUACCGAUACUCAAUUGCUGUAUCUUCAAAUCUAUUGCAUACAAAUACAAGUUUAUUUCUGUCUUCAUUGGGUACAAAUAUUAAAUCAGUAAUCCUAAAAAAAUUAAGCAGUGAAACAGUAAAUGAUAUUAUAACACAACAACAAAAACCUAAUCUCUUAAUAAAAAAUUUACUAAAUAGAAGUGAAAUAUUUGAAAAUAUUUGUUCACACAUUACAGAUCCUGGAUUUUACUUGACAUUUAUCACUAAAGACAAGAUAAGUGUGCUUGAACAAAUAAUUUUUUCUUUGAAAGAGAAAACGGAUUUCAAUUUUACAGUAUUGAUAAAUAGUCUUUUACAAAUAAAAAAUUUGACAUCAAACUCUUAUAAAAGCAUUGAUUUAGUUGGUGAAAAUAGAAGACAAUUGCUUUUUAUUCACACUUUAAAUAAUCGCAGUAAUACUGGUUAUGGUUAUAAGUUUAUUUUUGUAUCUGAUGAUAUUUCAAAAAUUGCAGAAUUAAGAACUCUCCAUGAACUUAAAGAAAAGAAAUUUCUCAUACAAAUUAGAAAUUCGGAAAGAGAGGGAAAUAUGUUUAUUGCAUUAGAUAACAAAACUUUUAGUUCUGAUCAUGCCAUAUAUGAAAUUAAUAAUCAACUUCGAAAGAGUGAAAAAAAACUUUCAUUUUUCGGAAUACCAAUUCCAGCUGAUGACUACAAUGAAAAUUGUAAUUCUAUUAGAUAUUUGGAACAUUUAAAAAAUUUUCAAUAUGUUAAUUUUUGUGAAAGGCGUUGGCGUUUAUUUAAAAAAAAUAGCUACGAAGAUCAAGCGAUAGAUUAUAUAGUAAAAACAACAAAUUUUUCUACAGAACAGGCUAGCCAUAUGCUUAAGAAAUACACAUUUCCAAAUAAUGCAACUCUAGUGCGAUUUAUCGAUGAUUGGGUAAAAUGUUCUUUCUUUUAUGAACCCAUUUGGAGUAGAGAAUACAUAAUGGAUGAACCUGAUCUCUUGGACAAAUUAAGAUACGACUUACGUUUUGAGGAACAUAAUACUAUAUCUGAAUAUGAAGCUGAAUUUAGAAUCAAUUCUCUUUACUCGAAAGCAGACAGACGUCAAAUUGAAAAUGAAGAAUCGUUAGAAAAUAUAGUUAAACGAUACAAUGAACAAAAAGCAAGUUUUGCAGUCACAUUUCAUGAUUAUUAUGCAAUUCGAAAUUACGCUACAACGGGAUAUAGAAGAAUAACAGGGGGCAGUCAUGAAGCAAAACUGAUGAAAAUGGCUUUAUAUAAAUUAGCAAUAAGACAGUCUGAGGAAUCGGAUGAGGAUUUUGACAAGACAUUAUUUAGAGUAGAAACUAAAUCAAUUUCAUUUCUUAAAACCAUACCUCGUAGGAACAAUAUAACUUUGCAAAAAUUUACACAAGCUUCUCCAACUAUGGAAUCAGCUUUGAAAUUUGCCAGUUAUCCACCAACUGGUUAUAUAAACAUUUUUUAUGAAAUGAUAUUUAACGGAUCAUACCUAAGGGCGAAAAUAAUACAAUUUUGUGAGAAAAUCGAAGAAAAUGUAAUUCUUUUACCGGGAAGCGAAUUUAUAAUGGAAGAUCGAGUAUUUGAUUUCGUUGAAGGUUUAGGAAAUGUUUUAAAAGUAAAACUAAGGUUUCAAAAUAUUUUUGAUGACAAGUACAUGUGGUAUAAAAAAAUCAUGAAUGAAAUUACUGAAAUUAACUUCUAAAACAUUGUGUUGGUAGGACGGAAACGUUUACAACUUCAAUAAUUUAGUCAAACUGACUAUCUGACCAAUAAAUUAAAAAAAAACAUGAUUGGGCUUCGUCCAUAAAUUACAUCACACAUUUUUAGCCCUUUUUUGACCCCUUCCCCCCCUUUGUCACAUUGUAAGUAACAUCCGAAGGAACUCCCUCCCUCUAAAUUACGUCAAAAUUCCUAGGCCCCCCUUGAAUAAAUUUUUUCCAGUGGCGUAAGAACCGGGGGGCAGGGAUGGCAGUUGCCCCCCAGUCUUAAAAGUGAGGUGGCAAAGGUCAUGAUUUGCCCCUCCAAAAUAUUUGACUAAAACUUGGGUAAAAAGUGUUCAAAUCCCUUCACGAUAAAAAAACUUUGUAUAAACUAGCGAAAAUAAUCUCUAGAAUAGUUAUAAGUAUAGUUAAUAUCGCCUUAGCGAUAAUCCAUUUUCGCUAGAAUAGAGAAAAUAAAAUUUUCUAUGAGAUUUAACUAUACUAAAUAUAUAUUAUGAAUAGAAUAUAAAUACCUUAUCUCUGAAACAGUAUUUAUUUUAACUAUCAUGGAGAUAUUCAAUUUCCUUAAGAAAAUGAAAAUAGUGACUAUUUUAGAUAUUGUUAAACGUUAUAAUUAAUCUAUUAAAUAGAUUUCCUUAUUCUAUAAAUAUUGUACUUUUGUUAUGUCACUGUUCAUAAAUUUUUUAGCGUGUUCUAGAGGUUUAUUUUUGUAUUGGGGGGGAGGGACAAAGCUCCAGCUUUGCCCCCCCUUGAAACAAAUUCGUUCCUACGCGUCUGAUUUUUCCAAAAUUAAUCACUUUUCAACACGUAGACACCUAUACUGCCCUACAACGGAAAAAGAUACAUAAGCCACAAAUAGGUCGAACGGAGAUAUUUGAGAAAAACCAUUUGCAUCAAAAACUUCAUUUAGAAUUCAUUUUUUAUGAAUAAAAAUAUCCCUAAUGGGAUAAAUCGGAUGUGCUCUUUCUAUUUUUGCAAAAAAAAUUAAUUAUUUAAACAAUCCCUUUUAAAAAAUGCACUUGCGUAGUUUUUUUAGUGCAAAUGCAACGUAAAAAGAACACAAAGUCGCUUGUGGUGUUUUUCGUUGUAAAGUCAUCGAGCGGAUCAAAGAUGUCCAGCGAAGAAUAUACAUAAGGGACAAGAGAGUAUGGGAUUAGAGUAUGGCACUUGUGUAUAGUCUCCACUGGACAUCUUUGCUCCGCUCGAUUAUUUUACAAGCUAAGAAAUACACAAGCGCGCUUGCGAAUAUCGUUCUGUAAAUGAAGCCGAGCUCGGCCGCUUUUGCAACGGAAAAAGAUACAUAAGCUACCUCGCGUAUAUUCUUCCAUUGUAUUUUGUGACGUAUUUCAUGCCUCCUACAGAAUUUAGGCAACGCAAAGUACCUCAUGUGUCUUUUUCCGUUGUAUUUUCUCAUUUUUCGCGAAUUCCAAUAUUUUCAAUCUUAAUUUUUUAUUAUAAAUAAUUAAAAUUUUGAAUUUUAAUUACGAUAGUCAGAUGCAGCUUUUUAUUACGAAUCCAUUGAUACCAAAAACUCAUUUUUGACCAAAAUGUCACUUAUGUAUCUUUUUCCGUUGUAGGGCAGUAUAGGUAAGCCUUAAUCUCCAGACCUACUCUCACCAAAUAUAUGAUUUCAGACCUGUAUAUAACCUUAAUAACUAUUUCUUUAAUGUCAAUCACAUACGAAUUUUGGCGGGAUAUUUCAAAUUUUUAAUGUUACAUUUUGUAUUAAUUAUACACGGAAAAACUUUGUUCAAGAAUCAUUGCUAAAUUUGUUCAGGAACUGAGGAUAUGAGAAAAAUUCUUCAAAAUUUACAGAAAAAUACAAAAAUCAUUGAAGAAAAUACUUGUAUUUUUAUUAUGACAUUGGAAGACUUCUUGUUAAUGCCGCAAUCGGAAUAUCUCAGUCACUGGGCGUUGAAAGUUUCUUGAACUGUUUCAGAAGACACAGUACAGUAACCAAGCACUAGGCAGAAAUUGGUUGUGUCAAAUAAUAUGUUUCCAAUGCAUAAUACCAUAAGCUGCUAAGGUAGCUGAGAGAUGUAAAGCGCAGUUUUUGGACUCUCGAGGACGUGGGAUCGAGUCCUCACAGAGUAAAUUUUUUUUCUCGCAAACGUAAAAAUUUAUUCUAAAACAAGUUCAAGACUUUCUGUAGUGAGUUUAGGAAGUUUUCUUGAAUUUCUCUACAAUUAUUAUAGAAAGAAUGCUUAGAAUUUUUCAAAGAAAAUAUAAAUAAGAUUUCUUAAAUUAUUCUCAUAUCCUCAGUUCCUGAACAAAUUUAGGAAUGAUUCUUGUACAAAGUUUUUCCGUGUAUAUUUUAUUAAGUAUUAUGAACUUUUCCGUAUAGUGUAAGUGUGACAUAACACAAUAAAAGACCCCCUCCUCCCCCUUUGUCACAAUUAGUCACAUUUUCAUAAACCUCCUCCUCCCUAAAAAAUGUGACGUAAUUUAUGGACGAAGCCUUACGGAAGGUUAAAAACGAAAGGCAUCUUAUUAAUUUAAAUACAUAUUGUUAGUUGUUAUCAUUUAAUAAUUUUUUUACGAUGCUAAAGUACGCAGGGUUUAUAAUAAACAAUUUUAAAGAAUGAAAUUAAAAAAGAAAAAAAACACCCUUAUACCAAGUUUUACAAAAAUCACCAGAAAUUCAAAAAACUAUGCCCGCCAUUUUGAAUUUUUAUAUUUUGAAAUGAAAAUUUAAUUUUUUUCAAAUAAAAUUACGAAUUUGAGAUCAAUUUAUCAAAAUUUAAAAUGCUCCAUUCAAAUAAAAAAAAUUUUUUUUAAAUUUAUUUGCUUAUGGUAAAUUAUUGAUAUUAUUCAUCUUAUAAUAAAACGAGCCUUCGAUAGCUACAAAAACAGCAAGAGAACAUCUAAUUAUAAUAAGCUAAUCAAAUGGAAAAAUACAAAAUAAUUUUUAUUUCUUCAACUGUAUAAAUAAAGCAAUAUGCCUAGUAAAAUAGUUUAUCAGUAGAUAAACACACAAAUAUUUCAACAUAUUCAAUACAAUAUUUAAACUUAAAUAACCAAUUAUUUUAUGUAUUAUUUGGAAAAAUUUUCUUAUUAAAAUGCUUCUUUAUCGAUAUAAGAAUAAAUAAAUAAAAUUUUUACUAACGUACACACUAAAAAAGAAAUCUUGAUUUCAGCCCAUUUUUGAGGCUGAAUUUAAGGUGUAAACGCCCGAGUAGAAAUUUGUAAUGGCGCUAGCUCGCGGCGCGAGACUCCAUAAGCGAUAACAUGGCAUCUAGCGCUUCCAUCCUAGCGCCAUUACAAAUUUCUACUCGGGCGGAGUCAGACCAAUUAAAAAAGGACAGACAUUAUUUUACUAUUUGUUGCUUUAUUUUUAUUAUUUUUGCGUUAAGUUAUGGUAAAUGAGUAGAACAGCGACAUUCCUUGUACCAAACAAAAUCAUUUCUCCAAAAUUUUAACCCAACAUCAUUUUUUAUUUAAGACUACGGUGUAAAUAUAUACCAGUAUAUCACACAAAUUUAGAUCAUAAAAUAGUAACACUCGUGUCAAAUAAGAAUUUAAAAAUCUUUUGAUGAAAUAAAUCAAAUUUAAAAAAAAAUCUAAAUUAUUGAAAGCAACAACAUUUUACAAACAAUAUCAGGUAAAAUUUGAAUUAAGAAUAUCUUUUGUAUUAAAAAAAACACAAGAAAUUGAAAAAAACGAAAAUAGUUUCUUAUUAUUCAGUAAUUAGUAAAUACAAAUGUUAAACUAAUAAACCUCAACUCUCAAUAAUGGAUUCAUUUAAAAAUCCACUUGAAACUGUACAGCUAAUACCAAUAGCUUUCUACGUAAAUAUUCUGAGUGAUUUUUUAAUCAUUCAACAAUAUCUAGAAGAAUUCGAUCGAAAUAAACAAAUACCAAUUAUUAAUGCACUUUAUGAAUAUUUGCAAGACUAUCAGAAUGAUACAUUUAAAAAAAUGCAAUUAAUAAGAAACUUGUUAAAUGGAAGCGAUAUGUACGGAGAAAAAGAAGACGAAUACGUUGACAUAAUUUUUGUUAAUGUGUUGUUUGACUAUAUUAUUAGUUCUCUUGUAUUUGACAAAUAUGGUAAUAUUUAUGGUUUUUUCGCUGAUACUUUUUGUAAAGCAGAAAAUUUAGAAAUUGAAGAAGUAUUAAAUAUCAUAAGAAUAAAUCUUCAAAAUGCAUCUUUUGACAAUGAAUAUGGCAAUAGUUCGACACUAAGUGAUUUAUCAGUGGCAAGAAUAUACAACGACAUAAUAUUACCUCUCUUUCCUGUAUCAAAAGAUAAUGUUACUUUAUUGUCACUUGAUUAUAUUUAUGCACAAGCUGGUUCAAUGUUUCUACGAGCUGGUAGAAUAAAUUCUUACAAUUACGUAAGUUUUGAAAGCAAUUCUGCAUAUUUAUCUGAGGAUAAUUUAUUUAACGAAUAUUUAACAACAGGACAUGCAAUUGAAAAAUUUAUUCUCACUGAUGAGACAAAUUUUAAUAUGUUAAAAGCUUUUGCUCUUCCAGCUCUUUCAUAUUUUAUCAUCAAUUCAAAAUAUUUAUUUAUCUAUGAAAAUAUGGCAAAUAUAAUAUCAGAUGCAUCUUUCUGGGAAACGGCUUUUAAACAAUUGUUUACAUAUACAACCAAUGCUUUUGAUUACAUAAAUUCUAUGCUAAAUAAUGACAAUAUAUUUAAAAUAAAUAUGGGAUUUACUGAUUUAAAUAAAAUGAAAAAAUUUUACAGGUACUCAAUUCCUGUACCUUCAAAUAUAUUGCGUACAAAUACAAGUUCAUUUCUGUCUUCAUUUGGCACAAAUAUUAAAUCAGUACUAUUAAAAAGUGAAAGCUCUAAAACAGUAAAUGAAAUUGUACCACAACCAAAUAGAUCUAAUCUCUCAAUAAUAAAUUUACUAAAUAGAAAUGAAAUAUUUGAAAAUAUUUGUUCACACAUUACAGAUCCUGGAUUUUACUUGACAUUUAUCACUAAAGACAAGAUAAGUGUGCUUGAACAAAUAAUUUUUUCUUUGAAAGAGAAAACGGACUUCUAUUUUACAGUAUUGAUAAAUAGUCUUUUACAAAUAAAAAAUUUGACAUCAAACUCUUAUAAAAGCAUUGAUUUAGUUGGUGAAAAUAGAAGACAAUUGCUUUUUAUUCACACUUUAAAUAAUCGCAGUAAUACUGGUUAUGGUUAUAAGUUUAUUUUUGUAUCUGACGAUAUUUCAAAAAUUGCAGAAUUAAGAACUCUCCAUGAAUUUAAAGAAAAGAAAUUUCUCAUACAAAUUACAAAUUCGGAAAGAGACGGAAAUAAGUUUAUUGCAUUAGAUAACAAAACUUUUAGUCCUGAUCAUGCUAUAUACGAAAUUAAUAAUCAACUCCGAAAUCGUAGAACAAAACUUUUAUUUUUUGGAAUACCAAUUCCAACUGACGAUUAUAAUGAAAAUUGUAGUUAUAUUAGAUAUUUAAAAAAUCGGGGAAGUUUGCAAAAUGUUAAUUUUUGUCAGAGGCGUUGGCGUUUAUUUAAAAAAUAUAACUACGAAGAAGAAGCGAUAAAUUACAUAGUAAAAAAUACAACUUUCUCUACAGAACAAGCUUAUCAUAUGCUUAAGAAAUUCACAUUUCCAGAUAAUGCAACGUUAAUGCGAUUUAUCAAAGAUUGGCAAAAAGAUAAUUCUUUUCAUGAACCCAUUUGGAGUAAGGAAUAUAUAAUAGAUGAACCUGAUCUCUUGGACAAAUUAAGAUACGACUUACGUUUUGAGGAACAUAAUACUAUAUCAGAAUACGAAGCUGAAUUUAGAAUCAAUUCUCUUUAUUCAAAAGCAAACAGACGUCAAAUUGAAAAUAACGUAUGGUUAAAAAAUAUAAUUAAACAAUAUAAUGAACAGAAAGCAAGUUUUUCAGUUUCAUUUCAUGAUUACUAUGCAAUUCGAAAUUAUGCUACGACAGGAUAUAGAAGAAUAACAAGGGGCAGCCUUGAAGCAAAACUGAUGAAAAUGGCUUUAUAUAAAUUAGCAAUAAGACAGUCUGAGGAACCGGAUGAGGAUUUUGACAUGACAUUAUUUAGAGUGGAAACUAAAUCAAAUUUAUUUCUUAAAACCAUAGUUCGUAGGAACAAUAUAAUUUUGCAAAAAUUUACACAAACUUCUCCAACUAUGAAAUCUGCUUUGCAAUUUGCCAGUUAUCCACCAACUGGUUAUAUAAAUAUUAUUUAUGAAAUGAUAUUUAAUGGGCCAUUUUUAAGGGCGAAAAUAUUACAAUUUUAUGAUAAAAUCGAAGAGAAUGUAAUUCUUUUACCUGGAACCGAAUUUAUAAUGGAAGAUCGUGAAUUUGUGGACAUUGAAGGUUUAGGAAGGAUUUUAAAAGUCAAACUAAAGCUUCAAAAUAUUUUUGAUGCCAAGUUUAUGUGGUAUAAAAAUAUCAUGAAUGAAAUUGCUAAAAUCAACUUUUAAAACAUUGUGUGAUGAAUUAAUAAAGAAAAAGUUCUUCAAACUGUAGUAAUCAAAAAAGUAAAAAUGUUCUGGUAACAAUUUUUUAAUAAAUACGAAAUAUAAAAAAUAAUUAUAAUGUUAAAUGUAUUAAUAAUGGUAAAAUAAUUUUUUUAUAAAAUAAUAAUAAUAAAAUAUAGAAAUGUAAUAUAAUAAAAA